CAGCCUCCUGCAGUUUCACUCAGGGCUCGGGCAGAGAACAGGUACUGCUCUCACAGCAGUGACAGCUCCAGCUCACCCGCGCUCACCACGGCCCUCGGACACCCCCGUGCCUGUUCCUGCACUACCAGUGGCAAAAGCGCUGUUUUCCAGCACCCUCUUCCCUGAGACACCACGGGAGCUUCUCCUCACCUGGGAAGAAGGAUUCUAGAAACCUGAAAAACCGGAAACAUCACGAGGCUACGACUGAGGAAGGCGAACCACAAGAAAAGUUUUUAUAAAGAACCAUUACAUUUAAUUGUUUAAAGCAGAAAAAAAAUGAGCCUCCUCAAAGAACGCAAACCCAAGAAGCCUCAUUACAUCCCAAGACCACCGGGAAAGCCGUUCAAGUACAAGUGUUUCCAGUGCCCCUUCACUUGCAAUGAGAAAUCCCAUCUCUUCAACCACAUGAAGUACGGCCUCUGCAAAAACUCCAUCACUUUGGUGUCGGAGCAGGAUCGAGUCAUCAAGUGUCCAAAGAGCAGUUCCCUGGAGCCCAAACAGAUCAAUCAGCUCGAACCUCCCGUCAAACCAACCUCCUCCAAAUCUGUCACAAACGGACUGUCGAGCCUCGAUUCAAAGCCUCAGUAUCCUUUUGCAAAAGAAGAUGCCAAGGAAAACGUUGAGUUACAAAACCAGGCAACAAACGCGGCGAUUCAAGGACAGAAACCUGCGAUCCCGAAGGAAAUAAGCCCUGCCAGCUCCGCAGCAGAAAGCGCCCUCAGCGUGCAGCCCCUGAUGGAGGGCAUGGUGAGGCCCUCGGCCUUCGUUCCCGUCGGAGAACACCGGGACAGCAAAGGCCCGGAGAUCAGUGAAGCCUCUGAAAUCCUGUCCCUCUCAAACAAAAGCUCCCCUUUCCACACCAAGUCUGCGUUUCAUGCACCAGCUCACCCGUGGAAGGCGGGUUCUCCUUUCCUCCCAGAGUUUCCACACAAAGUCGCUCCCACGAAAGGCUUUGGUUCCAUUUCACCUUACAUGCAGCCGAUGAUUCCCGAGUACUCCCCCCACUUCUAUGAGCACAGGCUGGCUAUCUACACACCCUACCUGCUCCCAGGUAACUCAGAGUGUGAAAGCUCUGCCCUCUCUGUCUAUGGAGCACAAGAUCAAAGACACUUUCUUCCCCACCCUGGGCCACUUCCAAAACCCAUAAAUCCAUCAGCAUACGAACACUAUCGAUUGUUCCAACAAUAUCACUCCACUCCACCGAUACCAUAUGGAUUUUGUAGGCCAACAGAUCCCCCAUUUUACAGAUUUUCACACGUAGCUGGUAUAAACAGGGAUCAAAACUCUCAUCUGAUGGAAGAAACUACCUUGCUGUACCCAGCUUCUUUAAGCCCUUCCCAACAAUACCCUCUAAGCUCACAUAAAAAACAAGCAGAUUAUGAAAAAGAAAUGACAUUGUUGCAUGGCAAAGGUAACUCCAAGGAUGACCAAAAUGAAAGAGAGAAUGCCAAAAUGAGCCCUCUCGCGGGCAGCGCAGCAACGGGCUCCCCUGGCAGACCCAGCCCCACCAACUUCACCCAGACAAGCCACGCGUGCGAGGGCUUAUUUGACCUCUCCAACAAGUCAUCUUCCACAUCCCUGGGCAAGUAUGACCAACCAGAAGAAAACUUCACAGCCUUCAGACCCGUGAGAAAAAGCACUGACCAAGCGACUGCACUUCCAGGUGUGCAGACACAGCAGGAGAGAGGGGACUCACCCACCAGCAUUAACGUCACUGAUGAAGACUCACACACACAGCCUGACAGCCAGAACAACGCAGGCUCAUUGUCCAACACGGAGGAAGACACGGGGAUAGCUCCUCUCAACCUCUCCAAAAAGGCCGACACGAGCACAGGACCUAUCCACGAGCACAUGUACAAAACCCCAUCCAAACCAGACAGGCAGAGCUUUCUGGACCUGCAGGACGUGCCCCUGAACCUCUCGGUGAAGGAUUCCUGUAACACAGCGAGCCUGAAAACGUCCUUCCACAGCCCGUCUCAGGACAACGGCGCCGCCGCCGCCCCCGGCACCGAGAGCGAGAGCUCCGGGGUGGAGGGAGGCAACCCCAAGAACCCCAGCAGCAGUGCCUGUGACAAAUCCUUCCCGGGACAGCGCAGCGAGGCUCAGGAUCUGCGGCUCAUGGAGAGCUGUGACGAGCAGAAGCAGACGGCGGCCGUGGCCCUGUGCCAGCUGGCCUCGUACAGCCCCGGCACGGCCCGGCUGGACGGCGACGGGCAGAGCCCCCAGGACAGCAAAGCUCCGGCCACGGAAGCCUCCUGUAAUUCCUCUGAUGCUCAGGAUACUCAGUGCAAUCAGAAAGUUAAGGGGCAAAAAAGGACAAGUCAAAAGGAAUCCGCAAAGGCCCAGCAAGGAGCUAAGAGAGUCAGGCCCAAUGACUGCAGCAGAGUCUUCACCUUGAGGAAGAGGACAAGAGUGUCCUAAUCCUCCCCUUUUCUGGUCACAGGAGCUGGUUACCAGCAACAUCACGGAAUUCCUACAACGUGUCUCUCAUUGGACUUGGCCCUUGACAAGAUGCAUUCCAUCUCUCCAUUGUAAAUAAUGUUUAUAAUUUUAUAUUAAUAUUUUUAAGUAACUGAACUUUGCCUUGUAUAAGCUCAGGUUUUGAUGAGUGAAUUUUUGCAUUCAUUACUAAAGCCAAAGUACAUUAGAUGAAUCUUUAAGGGGUUUUUGCAAUUGUAUUGAUGUAAAAUAACUUUUACAACUUCUUUUCUUAAAAGAUGUUUAAGCUCUAGAAAUAAUAUUGCUCAACAACACGCUGCCAUAGUCUUUUUUCAGGCUUAACUUCAUCUAGUAGAGGGGGUUUUUGUCUUUUUUCUUUGAAAACCUUUUCAUGUCACUGUGCAGUAGUUUAAAUAAGCUUAAGAUUAAACCUGGCUAUUCAGAAUUUACUGUAAAAACUGCUCUGUGUAUGAAUGCACUUUGCCAUUCUGCCAUAAGACAGAACAGAUCAAAUUUAGUUACUCAGAGACAGAUGCCAGUUUAACCAAACUGACCCAAAGCCUGUCUAAGUGAGCUCUCCUCACACUAAGACCAAGAUUCAAGUCAAACCAAAGAAAGCCUGAAUGGGUUUAACAAAUGCAGUUCAUGUUCAACUUUAAAUGAAUCACUAUGAAAACAACACUGAAAAUAUGAAGAAUAGGUGCCUGCUUUGCUGAGGUUAGACAGACACUGGGCAGCCUUCAAACUCCAGGCCUAAAAGGUUAUUUAUAUAAUUUAUUUCACCUGAGGCAAACUCUCCUGGUGAAGGUCCUGUUUCAGUAUGUGUGUAUCACUCACUGUCAUUUUCUGUGUGCUUCUACAGACAGCCCAAACUAAUUCCUGCUUCUAUGACUGUGUAUAUAAACUGGCAGUUUUUCAAAUAA